AUGGGCGAAAAAUCCCAAACGAGUACCGGCCUUUCGCUGGCCUCGCGUCUCGUUCAUAGCGACGAUGGCAUCUCUACACACCGAGCCGUAGCCCCGGCCAUGCAUGUCAGCACGACGUUUCGUUACAGCGACAACCCAGACAUGCUCCAACCCGAGGUCUAUGUCGAUCCCGACGCGCCGCUAGACUCGCAUGUCUACUCGCGCUACACCAACCCCAACACCACUCGUCUCGAAGCCAUCUUGACUUCCGUCCUCGGCGGCAAGGCCCUCACCUACGCCUCGGGCCUGUCCGCCUUUCACAUGAUGCUCGUGCGCAUCAAUCCGAAGCGCAUCGCCAUUGGCGAAGGGUACCACGGCUGCCACGGCAUCAUUGACAUCCAGGCGCGCCUGACCGGCCUGCAGAAGCUCCCGCUCGACUGCGACCCGUCGGAGCUGCAGCCCGGCGACAUCAUCCACGUCGAGACGCCGCUGAACCCGACCGGCGAGGCGCGCGACCUGCAGUACUACGCCGACAAGGCGCACGCGGCGGGCGCGUACCUGACGGUGGACGCGACGUUUGCGCCGCCGCCCCUGCAGGACCCUUUCGCGCACGGCGCCGACGUCGUCAUGCACAGCGGCACAAAGUACUUUGGCGGGCACUCGGACAUGCUGUGCGGCGUGCUGGCGCUCAGCCCGCGGCUGCCGCAGGACGACUGGUUCCGGCCCAUGCUGUACGAGCGCGCCAUCCUCGGCAGCGUCAUGGGCAGCAUGGAGGGCUGGCUGGGCCUGCGCUCGAUGCGCACCAUGGAGCUGCGCGUGCUGCGCCAGAGCAGGACGGCCACGGACCUCGUCGCCUGGCUGGCGGCAGAGGUCAAGGACCCGGCAUCGGCUGUGGGAGAGGUGGUUGACCACGUCAAGCACGCAAGCCUGCAGCCCGAGGCCGCCGACGAGACGAGCUGGCUGCGGCGCCAGAUGCCCGGCGGCUACGGCCCUGUGUUCUCGCUCGCGAUGAAGAGCGAGGCGGUCGCGAAGCGCCUGCCGAGUAAGCUGCGGCUGUUUCACCACGCGACGAGCUUGGGCGGCGUGGAGAGCCUCAUUGAGUGGCGUGCCAUGACGGACAAGAUGGUGGCGAGGAACUUGCUGCGUGUGAGCAUUGGCGUGGAGGCGCUGGAGGAUCUCAAGGCCGAUCUUGAGCAGGCUUUUGCAGAACUUGCCGCAGAAAUUGCAAAGGCGUAG